AACACAGCUAAUCUCACUUUAUCCUUAAGCUAAGGUAAGUGAUAACCCUUCACUUAACUCAUUAUUAAAUCAAACAUUACAGUAAAAUUAAAUUACUAAACAAAUCAAAAACCAUUCACACCCUUUAACACAAAAAAACAAAAAAGGGUAAAAAUGGAAUAUCGACCAAGGGCAUUUUCGUCAUUAUACCACCACCAAUCACAAUCAUUUCCGCUCGAUAAAUUGCUCUCUCAAUUAAGCCCACCCAAAAAAAAUGCUUGCUAGCUCAUACACCAUUUUCCUCCCUCUCCUUCGGCUUUUGUAGCGAAUUCUUUAGUAUUUUUUCUUAAUUAUGUUUAGUUCAGAGCCAAUUUCGAGAGAAAUGGACAAGUUAAAUAGCUUCUUGUUUUCCGUUGGUGGUGCUUCGAGCUUCAAGAAUGGUGAAGGGAUUGAAGCAGACUACUUACGGAGCAAAGAGAUGAUGAGUAGUGCAUAUUUUCAGCAACAACAGUCAGCGUAUCAUCAGCAGAAUAAUAGUAAUAAUUGUAAUAGUAGUAAUAAUAAUUCCGGUGGGUUAACGAGCUACAGGUCAGCACCGAGUUCGUUUUUCGCCGGAAUUCUCGACGGAGAAGGGAAUGAUUCCGGUGAGAAUUUUGUUACUCAUGAUGGGUCAUCGAGUUCUGAUUCGGAUUCUAUGUUUACGGCUCUGUUGAACAACAGUGAUAAUGGUGCUACUGGGGAUCUGAAGAAUCAGCUGCAGUUUGGUUCUUGUAUGAAGCAGGAGAUUGCUGAGGAAUUUGGGAAUGAAAAUAGAUAUGAGAAUGGUGGAGUUACAUAUGGUGUAGGUGUGCAAAUGCAAAGUGGAGGGAAUUCUAAUCUCAUUAGACAAAGCAGUUCACCAGCUGGAUUCUUUAAUGGAUUUAUGAGAGAAGUUGGGAAUUUUGGAGCAAGUGUAGGGACUAACAAGGAAGCAAGUACAUCAGCUAAUGCUUUCAGCAAUCAUAUAAGUUACUCAUCUGCCCAAUCAUCUAGCUCAAACUUCAUGCCUAGCAUUGCUGAGGAUGAAUCUUGGAACGACUCUCCGUUCAAUUCUCUAAAGAGAAAUAGAGAUGGUGAUAUGAAAAUGUUUUCUACUAAUAAUUUCAAUGGAAUGACUAAUCAGAGUGAUGAAUCAAGAAACUACAACUCUUCUGGUUUAGCUCACCAUUUAAGCUUGCCUAAGACAUCUUCUGAGAUGGCUGCCAUAGAAAAAUACCUGCAGUUUCAACAAGAUUCAGUCCCUUGCAAAAUCCGUGCCAAAAGAGGCUGCGCUACGCACCCGCGAAGUAUUGCAGAGAGGAUGAGACGGACCCGGAUUAGCGAAAGGAUGAAAAAACUGCAAGAUCUUUUCCCAAAUAUGGACAAGCAAACAAACACAGCUGAUAUGUUAGAUUUGGCAGUUGAUUACAUUAAAGACCUUCAGAAACAAGUCCAGACACUGACCGAUAAAAAGGCGAAAUGCUCGUGUACAAGUAAGCAGCUGGAAUAUUCAACAUGAAUUUGGUUUCUGUACAGAUAGUACUAGGUGAAGUUAGAUGGGAAAGGGGGAAGAGAGUAAAAUUACUUUCAUUCUACCCUAAUAUGCUGGAAAUAUGGUUUACUUAUUUCAUUAGCAAUAAGGCAAGUGUAGUUUUCAAUUGUAUUAUUGAGUUUGAGUAGACCUAAUAACAGUCUAGUGUUCAGUCCAGAUGUAUAGAGCACAUGCUUAUUGUAUUAUGCAAUGUUGUUUAUUGGAAUUUGACUAUGGUGUUAGUUGAGAGAUCUAA